UAUCCGAAGGAGUUGCGUCAAGUGCAACUGGAUUGGUAUUCCCAGUUGUGUCAUUCUAACACUUAAUAAUUCCGUUUUACACUCUGUUAAUGUAAACACAUUGGUACAAAAUAGGUUUUUACAGGUUAACGAAUAACGGCAGUUUAAGCUAUAAGGCGUAACACAUACACGAUUUGAACUUUGUCUGUCCAAUAUUAAAUCUCUUCGCGGUUGUUUCCUCGAGGCUUCCGUAGUCGAGGCGUCCGCUUCCAAGGAGAUGGAUCAUACUGAUGAUGCAGAUCAGAGUUAGCGUUAACUCGUUAAAACGACGGAAGUAUUGUUUGUGAUGGGACACAAGACGACCCAGAGCUUCACCUGCAGGAACGCCAAAGUGCUGACAUUACACCAUGUCCUUCAGAGACCUAAGAAAUUUCACAGAAAUGAUGAGGGCCCUGGGCUAUCCUCGCCUGAUAUCUUUGGAGAACUUCAGAGCACCCAACUUUACUUUAGUGGCAGAAAUACUUACAUGGCUUGUGAAGAGCUAUGAUCCUCAAAUGGAUAUUCCCAGUGAUGUGAGCACUGAGUCAGACAGAGUAUUCUUCAUCAAGGCUGUGGCGCAAUUUAUGGCCACCAAGGCUCACAUCAAACUGAACACCAAGCGACUGUACCAAGCAGAUGGCUAUGCAGUGAAGGAGCUGCUGAAGAUCACUUCAGUUCUCUACGGUGCCAUGAAGACCAAGGAGCUGGGCACAGGGGACCUCGCCGAGGAGGACAACAACAAGUUCAAGUUUGACCUCAGCUCACGGGUUGCAGACCUGAAAGCAGUGCGCCAGCUGGCAUCUGAGAUCACAGACAAAGGAGCUUCCCUGUUUGACCUGCUGGGCAAGGAAGUGGAGCUGAGAGAAAUGAGAACGGCAGCCAUCGCCAGGCCCCUGGAGAUAAACGAGACGGACAGGGCCCUGAGAGCAGCCAUCAAGGAGGUUCUGGAGAAUGUGGAGAAGACCCGGGACAUGCUCAACAACGUGGCGUCUGAUGAGAGCAGCCUGGAGGCCAAGAUAGAGAAGAAGAAACAGGAGCUGGAGAGGAACCAGAAGAGGCUCCAGACCCUGCAGAGCGUCCGGCCGGCAUUCAUGGACGAGUACGAGAAGAUUGAGGAGGAGCUUCAGAAGCAGUAUGAGACGUACGUGGAGAAGUUCAGGAACCUGAGCUUUCUGGAGUCUCAGCUGGAGGAAUACCACAGACUGGAGCAGGACAGGUUUGAGGAGACAGAGAACACCCUGAGGAUGAUUCAACAGAAGCUGAGAGAAGAGGAGAGGAGGCUGAUAAGGAGCGGACUUAAAGAUGAAGACUCUGACAUGGACAUUCCAGAGGACGAGGGUUCAGACAGUGACAUAGAGGACAGCAGGCCCCCAAAACCACGACCCACCUUGACAGGAAGAGGAAGACCUCGAUUCGUCGGUAACAUGCAGGGUGGCGACAGCGAAGAGCCUGACGUGGCUGUUUCAGGAAACUCUUCCCCUCGAAGCCGUACACCACAGAAAGGAAAGACAGAGGGCGAGCUGGAUGUGGAGGAGGAUGACGAGGAGGAGGAAGAGGACGAGGAAGAGGAGGGGGAGGAGAACGAUGAUCUGGAGGACGACGACAGUCUGGAGAGUCCGAGCUCAAAGGUCACGCAGCCGGCCAGGGCGGCGCUGAGGCCGCAGCUGCUGGAGGAGAGCGACAAUGACUUCUGAAUGCAUGCACACACAUAGUACACACACACCCAACACACACAUAUACAAAGACAACUUCUCACAAGUAUGCACACAAACAGAUGAUGGUCGCAGUUGCAAUCAUACAAUUAGUGAUACAACAGAUGACAUUUUUCUUUGAUUUUUGAAUAAAAACAUUUUA